AUGGAAAAAGCCAAUGAUAAAAUUUUAUAUGUAGGAUUAUAUUACGAGCAUGUUUCUGAGUUUUUAACUUCCUCCUUAUCACUCAUUAGAGCUAACCUCUAUCCUGAUAACAGUUCUUGGUGA